GUUUCAAAUGAACAAAAAGACGAAGGUGUGGAGAGAUUCAUUCCUGGUGGAGAGAGGGAAGUUGCUCCACCAGCGGGUGGAGGGAAAGGAAGUGACACAGGAGGAAAACUUCCUGCCCAAACACCAGCGAGUAAAAGAUCUGUGUCAGAGAGCCGAGUACCAGACGCCCUGUCAGCAGACUGGACAGAAGUGGCAGUGUGUGGAGGACGCUACGGGUAAACUACGACUCUUCAAGUGUAAGAACGAGGGGGGAUGGGCGAAGAGCUUCCAGAGGGGUGUGACUGACCCUCAGCGGCCAAUCAGCAUCAAGUCUCAGCUGUACCAUCGCAACUCAGACGCUUGUGACUGCGACUUCCGCGACCUUCGACCUCUGAACCCGCGACCGUCCGUGAUGAGGCCGUUCAACAACAAACCUUUCUUCUCCAAGAAAAAGCUCAAAGCCAUGAAGAGUUACUCCAGGAACCGUUACACUCGAUCCAUAUCCAUGAUGAACAGUUACCCUGGUAACCACAGUCUGGUGGGCGGGUCAGAGGAGCCCGAGGAGGAGUUCAGCGGAAUGGGAGGGCCCCCCAGUGUUGUGGUCCCGCCCAACUCCAUCAAAGUCACUCACAGAUGUUCGAUUCUGUCCAACGCCACCGUGAAGUGUGACACCGGAGUGUAUCAGUCUCUUCAGGCCUGGAAGGAUCACAAGCUGCACAUCGACCACGAGAUUGAGACCCUGCAGACGAAGAUAAAGAACCUCAGAGAGGUCAGAGGUCACUUGAAGAAGGCCCGCCCCCUGGAGUGUGACUGUAAUAAAUACCUGUAUAAAUCCAAAGUGAAGAACAAGCUGAGGUACCGCGGCGGCGGCGGCCUGCAUCCGUUCAGGAAGGGCGGGGGUCGGGACAAGAAGGCGUGGCUUCUGAAGGAGCAGAAGAGGAGGAAGAAGAUGAGGAAAAUCAUCAAGAGGAUCAAGAACAAUGACACGUGUUCGAUGCCUGGACUCACCUGCUUCACACACGACAACCAGCACUGGCACACUGCCCCCUACUGGACGCUGGGUCCUUUCUGCGCAUGCACCAGCGCCAACAACAACACUUACUGGUGUCUGAGGACCAUCAACGAGACUCACAACUUCCUGUUCUGUGAGUUUGCCACCGGCUUCCUGGAGUACUUCGACCUCAACACAGACCCAUACCAGCUGAUCAACGCCGUCAGCUCUUUGGAUCGGACGGUUCUCAACCAGCUCCACGUUCAGCUGAUGGAGCUCAGAGGCUGCAGGGGACACAAGCAGUGUAAUCCUCGCACACGCUCAGUGGAGCUGGCAGAAGGACGAGAACAUGGCAGCUUUGAUGACUACAGGGUGUUUGAGAGGAGGAAGUGGCCGAGAGUCAAGAAACCUUCAUCGUCUCGAACCCUUGGUCCGAUCUGGGACGGCUGGAAGGGUUAAGAGCCUCCUGAUUGGUUGGAGCAGGCGCCCUGGCCCCGCCUGCUGCAGCCUGAAGGAGCAGGGACCUCUCCGGUCAACCAAUCAGCUUCUGCCAUUUCUGUGACAUCGCUAGGCCCUCCCACCCUGCUGCUCAGGGAGACGCGACAACGCACCUCUUCAUCAGCUGCUGCUCCUCAUCCCCCUCCCCUUGCUGAGGAUGAGGAGGAUGUAAUGACGAAGAGGAGACGGAGAAGUAGACGAGAAAACUCCACAGACAAGUCGUUAGAGGCCAAUAAGAUUGAAACAAAUAGAAAACAGAACAAACACUCCUCCUCUUCCUCCUCCUCCUCCUCCUCCUCCUCCUCCUCGGGGGACGUCCCAGUGGCCAUAUUUGUUUGACAUAUUCAUAUUUAGUCUCUAACAGCAUGUAAAGACGAUAAAGGACCAGUUCGUCCUGUUUUUGUCGUGAAACUGAGACAGAAGCAGACAAACGUCCACCACUGUGACAUCACCGCCAUGUAAACGUGAUGUCAUUCCUUCUUUUUCUUUAUUCUUCCAUUAACUUGAGCAUUGGUUACCGUGGUGACCAACUGAGACAGACAGUCGUACUAACCUCUGCUGACUGGCUAUAGAUCCCAGGAUGCAACACGCUGACGAGAACUUUUUGGAGCAAGAGAAAGAACAAGGACAAAAAAAGACAGCAGGGGUUCGAAAUGACUCCUGAGCCAAUCAGAAGAGGACUACAUGAUGAUGUCACUGCAUCCAGAAGGUGUCACAGCUGUUUGAAAACUACAGGAAAUUUCUUUCACUGUAAAUCAUCACAUUGUUUUGUUAACCAUCAAACAUCACCAUCCAAUCAUCAUCAAUCCUCAGAUUAUUAUUAUAAUUAUGAUUUUUUUCUUUAUUCUUAACUUUGAAUUUCUGCCGUCACCUCAAACAAACUGGUCAGAAACAUCCAGAGUUAAAAAUAAACAGUGACGAUGUAAAAUAAAGUUGUAGAAAAAUAAAACUGGAUUCACACAAGAAGAGAAAGUAAGAUUUGACUAUUUUAAGGUUCAGUGUGUGAGAUAAGGUGUUUUUUUUUGCAGAAACUGAAGCUGCAACAUGAAACUUCACCUGUAGAUGUCACUAAAUUCUUCACACUGAACCUUUAAAGUAAAACACAGAUUUGGUUUUAGAAAUAUAAAAUAUAUAAACUUAGUAUAUAAAGACAUAAUGACGGGAUCAGAUCUGCUCCUCGGAUACUUUUACACUGUUAAUUUCCAUUUAAAUAUCUGACUGCGUUCUUUCUUAUUGUAACUCUGUAUAAUUUCCUACAUUUCCCAGAAUGCCGUUCAGCAGGUGUAUAGAUUGUUACUGGGUGGAGGGAAGCACUUGUUGUUGCCUGUUUUAUUUCUUGGUUUGGCAGAAAGAAGAGAAACUUCAUUGAUUUGCGGAGUGAACAAAGUGAAACAAGGCACAAACAAAAACGUCCCUUCGUCCGACUCGUGGGUUUGUGGGUAAAUACUGUAGACUGUAAAUAAAGAUGGACGACACCUACUCCAUUUUGUAAAAAAACUGAGCCAAAACAAAUAAAGUGCAAAGAUUUAGACUUUUUAGUUUGGUCCAUGUCCAACCUGCUAAUAUGGAGGAGGCAGAGUUUUUUUUACCUAUUCUGCAGCCAGCCACCAGGGGGUGAUCUAGAUGAUUUGGCUUCACUUUUGGGAGCUGUCAUGUCGUCCAUCUUUGUAUCUAUGGUUGUUUCCUUUAACGCAGCAACACAGACUUUACCGCGAUGCUGCUCGUCCGGUUGAACGUGGUGAUGUCAUUGUUGCUAAACUGUUUUGGUUCCGUUGCUUCGGUUAAGUUGCCGUAGAAACAAAUUCAGAUCCCGUCUAACGUCGAACAUCACGAGGACCUGGAGUUCGUUUUCUGUCUCCUUCUCUUUGGCUUUGCGUGGACAGCUAGCAUGGCACGUUAGCGUGAGCUCUGUUAACGAAAGUUGAUUCCGUCACAGGGACGAGACUCGAACAUUCUGAAGGCUCCUUCCACUUCCUCCAUUCGUCCCCAGAAAGAGAAAAGGCUCCAACAGGUGAAUCUUGUUGAACUAUCCCAGGAUUCAUUGUGCUUCAGGGACAAACCGGUUUUAUUCAAACGGGUAACAAACGAGGAGACGUCCGAUCCUUAAGUAUCAGGCUUCAAUUUAAGUGAGCGCUACACGUUAAAAGACCAACGGGCACUAAAACUUCUCAUUGCGUCCAAAUUCAGCUCUGUUGCUAGGCAACAUUAGUAAGGGGCGGGACGAGCUGGUGACUAAUGGUUCUUAUUCACUUUCUUGAAUCACAUGAAACGUUCACAAUGUCUGAAAUUGAAAAAGAUGCUUCUAAGAUCUCGGGUCUGGAGAACGUGAAGGAAUCGACCCAGGCUGUGUUUUAAUUUCAAUACAGACUCGAUCCAGGAAGUGCACUGCUGCCUCCUGCUGGUUCAAAACAUGAAUCAUUUGUGGAGGAAGUGAAAUCUGAUCACGCGGAGAAACGUGUGAACGGAUCCACAUGAAAGUUUUCGGUUUAGUGUUUGAGAACAAUGCUGACGUCAUGGUUACGGAAACGAAUAUUAUUGUUGGAGAUGGUUUGUGGUGUCGAUGUCAUUCUUUGGUUUUAUGCAUCUGGAAAAACAACCUUAUUAUGGGAUGUUGACCCGUCUCGUGGUUAACUUCCUCUUCUGUUGUGUUUCUAUUCUACGGUUGAUUUGACAGUUUCUCACCCUUCAGAUGCAAAAUCUCACAUUUGUUAUUGUUUCACUUGAUGUUUUCUACGAUUGAAUCCCUCCAGAACUCGUUGUUGAUCCACAGGGAGAAGAAACACAACACCGCACAGCUGUCAUCACAACAUUGUGUAUUUUUCUAAGUGUAGAAGUGUUUGAGCGUGAUUCCUCCUUCCUGUGAGAAUGCAGCUAACCCGUCUGCUGUCUGUCUGUAGAGUUUUAUAUUCUAACCUCAGAUGUAUUUCGCUCUGCGGUGCUAUUUGCUGUCUAACAACUAUCUAGGAAAAACCUCCUGGUUGUGUUUGAAUGUAUUUGUAAAUGUUUAGGUGUGUUUUUUUUUAAAGAUGAGCACUCGAACCGGCCAAGUGAGACUGGACCGACUUGCACACACACACACACACACACACACACACACACACACACACACACUGAAGGACAAACUGCUGAGCACUUUGAUUGGAGGAUGGAGGGAUGAACGGACCGGUGGAGGGUUCAUGGUGACACUUGAUGAUGCAGCCAGUGAUACUGAUCUAACACACCUGUACAUUCACCCGCUGACCUGUGGGGACAGUGAUUGGUUAUAGUUUGUGAAUAAAGUGUUGAAUGCCAAA